AUGGCGGCUUAUUUGGCGGUACUCUAUAAUGCACAGCUCGGGAAUGAAGCAUCGGAAGAUACUAUUCAGCGAAGGGUUCAGCAAACACCUGCUGUGUCUUUACAAGCAGUGAAUGAUGCCGAAGCAGCCAUGGCCUAUUGCCGCGACGAAAUAUUACCAGAAUUGGAUACAGUGGAUCAAUAUGUUAUUCGACCUACCAUGGAACUGUUAGAGCUGAUAAAGCUGAUUCAAAAAACAAUGGUGAAGCGAAAUCAUAAAUUGAUCGAUUACGAUCGUUAUCGAACAAGCUUGGCAAAACUCAAGGCAAAGGAUGAGCGCAACUUUAACGAAGAAAAGCAGAUAUUCAAGGUGGAAUCCCAACUAGAGACAGCGACACAAGACUACCAAUAUCUGAACAAUAUGUUGAAACAACAAUUACCGCAAUUCUUCCAAUACCGGUUGCAAUUUAUCGAGCCAGUAUUUCAGCAACUGUACUAUCUGCAGAGCAAGAUUUAUGGCAUGAUCUACGCCCGAUGCUAUGAACUAUUGAAUGCCAACCAAGAGUAUUUCGUUUCCUCCUCCAUGACAAUUCAAGAAGGCUACAAUUGGCGAAAAUCGCAACGCGAUGUACAGAAUGAAUUUGAGAACCUGGAUCUUCUCAAAUCUGGUGGUAAAACCUGGUUGACCGCUUCCGGCGGCGCCAACAGCUCAAAAUUAACUCUAAAGGAGCGUAUGGCUUUACGAGAAAAAGAGAAACAAGGCGAAACAAUGUCCUAUGGUGCACAGGCUGCUGGAUCGGCGGAUCGAUACAACGAUGAGCCACCUGCUUCUGCGGCUCCACCAGCGUAUACACCGGCGUCAGGUGAAAUAACAUUGGAUUCGACACCGAUGAGUUACGGCAAGAAACCUAGUGAUGGCAAAUACGUAGUUGCACUGUAUGAUUUUGACGCUCAAGCGGACGGCGAUUUGAGCUUCCGCAAGGAUGACCGCAUUGAGCUGUUGCAAAGAACUGCAGACGUGAACGAUUGGUGGACUGGACGCUUGAAUGGCGCCGUCGGAGUGUUUCCUGGCAACUAUGUAAGAGAAUUAUAA